CCUCCUUACUCCUUAAGAAUGGUCGUGAUCGUGAACAGAAAAGAAAAUAAUUUAAUUUACGUUUCUGUAAUUUAACAAAACCACAUAAUUAUAGUUUUGAUUGAAGUUAGGAGCCAACCCUGCGAUGCCUGUAGAGUAUACGAGAGGCGAUUUCCAUAAUCUCAAUGAGUUGAAUUAAAAAUAAUAAAAUAGACUACAUAGGUACCCAAACUUGUAAUACACAUUGAAAAGUUCUUUAAUUGUGUAAAAACUACGAUUGUUUAAUUCAUAAGUUAUGUAGACAUGUUGUGCAAAAUAUUUGACACGAAUUCCAACACAACGAUUAAGGACCCUACAACCCCUCAUCUUCAGGAAAUCCUGCUACACUGGUCUCGUUGGCUGAGUACCAUUGUUUUCUUUCUAUGUGUGCCCCUGGCACAAGAUUACAUUGAGAGUAAUUAGCUGGAACAUUAAAAUAUUAGAUAGUUUGUUUUUUGGCUUCUUCAAUAACCGAGUGAACGAAGGGUUAACUAACAGCAAUUUUCGUAAUGCACGCCGAGGUCUCGGGACUUCCUCGACGUUGUUAUAAAUACUAGUAGGCACAGUUAAAGUUGAAUUUAUAAUCUUAAGUUUUCUCCAAACACAAAAUGCUGUUAAAGCUGAACUAUAUUUAUGUUUUGCUCCCAACUAUUAUGUUAAAAAGUAUUGCGACGAUACCUGUACAAUCCGCUGGUGAGUUUGUAGAAGAGAACCUGCGCGUCCGAGUGCGGCGACAAGACGGGUACGUGUACGACAAGCCCAGUGUAUCAUUUGACCUGCCGCAGAGGUCUACUCCGGCACCUACUCAAGCACCGAAUGUUGACAGGACGCUGACGCAGACAAUGUAUUACGCGUAUCCAGUGCCGGCCGGCGGAGACACCGUGAACAUUGGACAAACUUCGAAGAGCACAGCUACCACUGCCACAGCUGGAUCGUCGGGUACAGGUGGAGGUGGGGGAUACAACUACGGGUCCUCUGGUACUGGAAGCGCAGCCGGUGGCUACGAUUAUAGUUCUCAAACAUCUGGAACUCAAGUCAACAGUGGUUCUCAGGUCUCAACAGGAUCACAGACCACUACAACUGGAAGUCAAACUGCCACUAACACUGGUACUUCUCAAUCUAGUUCUGGGUACGGUAACAAUGUUCCGUCACCUACUCUUUCUCCGACUCUUCAGGGUUCUUCAGACGUAUCCACAAGCGCACCAAAAUAUUUACCUCCCACUGAAAGUGGUACAUCUGGAGGAAGUGCUACCACUGGUGGCAGUGUGAGCAUUGGGGGUGUCUCUAUUAAUUCCGGUUCUGGACAAGGAUACGCUGGUACUACUUCGGUUCAAGCUGGUUCAGUGGGAACUCCAUCUGAUAAGUACUUGCCACCAUUAGGUACUUCAACAUCUGGAGCUUCUGGUACAUCGAUCGGAGGCACCGUCACUGGUACGACGGCAGGCAUUCAAACUAACGCAGGUGGUUCGGUAUCUAUUCCAAGUGCCUCAUAUUUGCCACCCAAUUCAUCUGCACCAUCAGCAUCUCCUGCAGGAGCUCCUAGCCCUCAACCAGCUCCAGCGCCACAAACUGGUUACAUACCACCAGCAAGAACUAAUUCUGGAACAGGAACAGUAUCAACUCCAGCAUCGGGAUACUUACCCCCGUCGUUUUUUUAGACUAAGACUUACAAAAUUACAAUAAAUACGUAAAUAAAUAUGUGAAUUGAA